AUGGAAACGGAUAGUGGUAUACCGGGUCAUUCAUUUGUUUUAAAGUGGACAAAAAACAUCUUUUCGCGUACAUUGCGUGUGUCCAAUUGCGUGCCUAAACAUGUUGGGUUCAUUAUGGAUGGAAACAGGAGAUUUGCCAGAAAGAAAGAAAUGGACGUAAAAGAGGGUCAUGAGGCAGGAUUUGUUAGUAUGAGUAGAAUCUUAGAACUUUGUUAUGAAGCAGGGGUUGAUACAGCUACAGUGUUCGCUUUUUCGAUCGAAAAUUUCAAGAGAAGUUCACGUGAAGUUGAAUCAUUGAUGACUUUAGCGCGUGAAAGGAUACGACAAAUCACAGAACGUGGAGAAUUGGCUUGUAAAUACGGGGUACGCAUUAAAAUCAUUGGAGAUCUUUCUUUAUUGGAUAAGUCUCUCUUGGAAGAUGUUCGAGUGGCUGUAGAAACUACAAAGAAUAAUAAAAGAGCCACGUUAAAUAUUUGCUUCCCAUAUACAGGCAGGGAAGAAAUCUUACAUGCUAUGAAAGAAACAAUAGUUCAACAUAAGGAAGGUGCCAUUAUAGAUGAAAGUGCAUUGGAAUCGCAUCUUUAUACGGCCGGGGUUCCACCUUUAGAUUUGUUGAUUAGGACAAGUGGUGUUUCUAGAUUGAGUGAUUUUUUGAUAUGGCAGGCAUCGAAUAAGGGCGUUCGCAUUGAAUUGCUUGAUUGUUUGUGGCCAGAAUUUGGACCUAUACGGAUGGUGUGGAUCUUGUUAAAAUUUUCGUUUCACAAAUCCUUUUUAAAUAAAGAGUACCGAUUAGAGGAAGGUGAUUAUGACGAGGAAACCUGUGGAGAUCCCAUCGACUUAAAAGAAAAGAAGUUGAAUUGA